AACCGACACCGUUUAAUGGGCUAUUGGAUUUGCUUUUCCCAGAGAAAAGUGGGGAAAUAACUGAACCGUUUUCAACCGUCAGCAACCGCUGAAGAAAUCCAACGGCCUAAAUUACUCUCAAUGACACGCGUAAAAAACCCAAUACACUUGAUAAACUGCCCUUUCAAAAAACGUCAUCACUUCCUUUCCUCCAACAGGGCCAAUGGCUCAUAGUUCUCCCAAUCAUGGCGGCCGAAUUUCACUGCAUUUUCAUUUUAUUCCUCGCAUUGUUCUUAACUUAUAGUGCAGAUGAGGCAACAGUGCCAAAGUUUGCAUUCAGUUGGUUGGAUGACAAGGACACAUUCCGAGCUGGAGAUACUGCUACCAUCAAAAUCAAAGUUCUGGGAAACUUUGACAGCAAAGGAAAUGCUUCGCUUGACAGAAGUGCUUUUAAGCCUGCACUGACGGUGAAUGGGAAGACGGGGAAUAGUUCUUACGUAUCUGGUGUUCUUCUAGACACUGCUGGUGAUCCUAGUACUUGGCAAAUUGUCUUUACCCCAAUUCUUGCCGGAUUGUUUAAUUUGAUCAUCGAUGAUGACCCUUUCAAAGUCAUGGAUUCAUCUCUACAUUUCACUGUUGAGCCAGGGUCAAUGUACCCUUCUGCCAGUGUUGCUUCCUGGCUGGGCUUCCUGAAUGAAUUCGAAGCGGGUUCAAAGGCUCCACUGUUGAUUCUUCCUAAAGAUGCAUUUGGAAAUAACGUUUCUUCAACUGACAAAGAACUGAAUUCUUAUAACAUUUCAAUGACUGCUCUCCAUGAAAAUGGCUCCAUUGCAACUAUGGUAAAUAUCACUAACAUGGGUUGGAACGAAUUUGGUUAUAUCAUUGUGGAGUUUAUGGCAGUGAAAGCAGGAAACUUCUUGUUGCAUAUGGAAGGGGCAAGCCAAAUCUUGAAUGGUUCUCCACUACCAUUCAAGGUAAAUCCAGGACCUCUAGAUGUCUCUAAUUGUGUGGCCAAAUGGAAAUUUGAAUUCAAUGCGUGGCAAAUCUUUUCUAAGAUGGAAAUACUCAUAUACCAGCAAGAUCAGUAUGGAAACCUUGUUCCAGGCUUGACUGAAUUUGAUGCUGAUGUUAUAGAGAAAGAGACAAACCUGUCUGUACCUGUAGGAGAUUUGCAAUUUGAAGAAGUAGAGCCGGGGAUUCAGCUGUUUUCUUUCGGCAUGUCUGAACCAGGGAAUUUCUUGCUCACGAUUUCUGAUAUGAAGCACAAUAAAAGCAUUUCAAAUAUGCCAUAUGCUUAUACUGUCUUUGUAGGUUAUUGUGAUGGAUUCAAGAGUUUCGUCAAUGGGACUGGUUUAAAUAGUUCUGUUGCUGGGGAAAUGGCAGAGUUUUCAGUUUAUUUAAGUGAUGCUUUCCAAUAUCCCUCCCCGGUGGAAGUAGAAAGACUUCAAGUAGAAAUCAAAAGGGAAAUUGAUGCCUGUUCUGUGUUGCCUACCAUAUAUCCUACACAGUUCAGCAAUGGAGAAUUACUUGAGGAUGCUGUAACCGAAACUGAAUUUGCUCCUGCUCCAUCUGUUGGCCUGAAUAACACUCCUCCUGAAAGCUUGAAAGUUCAGGCCAGUGCAUUCAAUGUCAUGUAUACUCCUGAAAAGAGUGGGAUCUACAAAAUUCAUAUACUCUGUGGAAAUAUUAUCCUGAAUGGUGGUAUUCCAUUCACAAAGGAAGUAAAAGCAGGUGAGGUUAAUAUAUCACUCUCAGGAGUUCUGAGAUUUUCUCCCAAGGCACCAAAGCUCGUUAGAAAUGAAAUAGUAGUACAGCUGAGGGAUUCUUUUGCCAAUCCUGUCCUCUCAGAACAGUCAAAGCUAAGUCUAGAGCUUGUUUCAGUUAACAAGACAGGUUUCUCAAGUUGGAUGUUUGUGGAUAACAAUGAUGGUUCAUACACAGGUCACUAUCUUGCCAUGGAAGUGGGCACUUAUGAGAUGUGUGUAUCAUUUGACAGAGAGCAUUUCUCACCCUGCCCUUUUGAGAUCAACGUGUAUGGAAGUGAAUAUUUUCCUAAAGCAUAUGAUGAUACAAUAUCUCUUUGGGAGGAUGAGUCAAUUUCUUUUGAUGUGUUAGGAAAUGACUACUUCGCUGGUGGCAAUGCAAGCAUUGUCAAAUUCUCAAAACCAGGUCAUGGUUCACUUCUACAGUAUGGAAGGCUCUUUAGAUAUACACCUUACAAAGAUUACUAUGGGAAUGAUUCCUUUCUGUAUACUAUAUCUGACAUAAAUGGCGAACUCGCUACUGCUGCUGUCAACAUUUCUGUACUCACUAUCCCACCUCAGUUAAUUUCUUUUCCAAGUCAAUUGCAGGCAAUGGAAGAUGUGAUAAGUCCCAGAUUCGGUGGUUACUAUGGAUUUGAAAUGAAAUAUUCAGAUCCAAUGGAGAAUAUCUCUGUCAUUCUCAGUGCCAAGUCUGGGAAAGUAUUCCUGUCACCUAUGCCGAUGCAAUUCUGGCAGCCAAUAUGGAGUGAACUUUCUGUAAGUAAGGGGGAUGAGGAAGGAAAGAAUUUGACCAUAAAGGGACGCCUAGAAGCAAUAAAUUUUGCACUUCAGUCUAUUCAAUAUCUUGGGAAUGAGAAUUUUUCGGGUGCGGACACCCUUCGAGUUUCGGCCAGGAACAGAAACGGGGUCAAUGACUUGGAUGUUCCAGUUCUGGUGGAGCCCAUUAAUGAUCCUCCAUAUGUUAACGUUCCUGAAUUCAUCAUAUUGAAGAGCACUAGGGAUGAAUCUUUGUUGUUUAACAAAGAAACAGAUAAGUUUCAGUUUUCUAUUGGAGAUCCAGAUCUUCUUAACUUCCCCGGAGGUGAGUCUGGCUUUCUACUCACAUUUUCAGUGGAAGUCAGUGAUGGGUUUUUACUAGCAACUCUACCAGCUGCUCUUAUCGAUUCGACUGAACUGAAGCUGAAGAGUACUUAUCAGUGGCAACCUCUUCAGACAUAUGUUACUAUCUCAAAGCAUUUUAAGGUCAAAGCUAUAGGAAUAAGAUUCCGAGCAUCACUGAAUGAUUGCAACACUGUCAUGGAACAACUGGCCUACCAUGGUGGAGAACAUGGUGCUGCUAUAACAGUGAAAAUAAGUGAUUUGGGCCACUAUGGAUGUUAUCUAGAUUGUGCUGAAAGGGUAUCGAAGCCUUUGUGCGCUGAGGCCACUGUAAACCUAAUUAGAGGAAGGCCAAUGAGCUCAUUGCUAGUUCGCACCCUUGGAUCAGCUAUAUUCAUUGAAUUCCUUUCGUUACUUUCACUUGGAUCGGUGUUUCUCUUCUUCACAUGCAAAUGUGCAAUUCUUCUUGUCAACGAGAAAAGGCGGCAGAACCCCAGAAAUUCCGAGCCGUCUAGAGUGCAAAGUUCCCAGCAAGAAACUUUAAGUGCAAAUUCAACAGAGGAUGCGAUUCACUUCACAGGGUGUUGUUGCUCAAGCGCCCUUCCUACAAAGCUGCCACUUUCCACCUAGUCCUUUAACAUUAACUAAUGUUUGACAUAUGUUUAUUCAUAUUGACAUUAAAAAUCUGGAACAAAUUUCUUCCUUGUAUAACACCGUCGUUACUCGUUACAUACUAGCUCAGUAGGCAAAUGAGAGCUGCCCAUUGACGACCCUUUCGCUCUUUGCAAAUCUCUGACCAA